GCGAAUAGUAAAAAAGAAAAAACUUAAUGACGUUUGUCAACAAACAUGUCGCUGAUUAAAAAUUUAGUUAAAGAGCCAGAAGAAAACAGACCUCGAAAAAAGAAAAAGAAUGGAGACUCCGAAGACAGCGACAAUGAUGAAAAACCCAAACCAGUGGGGCCGUAUAUUAAAAGUGCUACAGAUCUACAAAGAUUGAAGCUGGAAAAAUUAAUGAAAAAUCCAGAAAAGCCAGUUAUUAUACCAGAACAGCGGCGAGAACGUGACUACAUGUCGUCAGUUCCCACCUUUGUGCGCAAUGUAAUGGGCAGCAGCGCUGGCGCCGGUUCUGGUGAAUUCCACGUCUAUCGUCAUCUGCGACGCAAAGAAUAUGCCCGUCAGAAGAACAUACAGAACCAAAGUCUGAGAGAGGCUGCCGACAUGGCCUAUCAACAAAAAUUAGAUAGUAACAGGCAAGCAGCUGAAGAGCGUACUGCAAAAAAGCGUGCGAAGCGGCUUAAGAAGAAGCAACGUGCAAAACGACCCCGCGAACAGAAACCAAACGAAGAGAAGAAAGUGGAUGCUGAGUCGAGUGGAAGUGGAUCUGAAGACGACGCUGAGACAAGAACUGAAGCGGAUACAGAAAGCGAAGUCAAGGAGGAAGCAACAACAGCUAUAGCGUCAGCGGAAGCUACAAACUCUAAUGAAGAAAGGGAAAUAGUUGUUGAUGCACCUGCUGAAGCUGGAAACCAAGAGAAAGAUACCACAGCUGAUGCGGAUGCUGAAUCAUCCAAGGCAGACACUUGACGUAAUUUAAAACAUUCUAUUUUAUU